ACCACUUCCUCGGGCUGCAGUCAGCUGUAUAUGCGCCGUACCUUGAUGACAAUAGGGUCGACGUCAGCGGCGAGAACGCUGCUGGCAAAGAGGGCAGCACCCGCGAAGACGCUUGAGAACUUCAUGUUGAUAAUCUGGUGUGAAUAAGAGGACUAAGCAAUGCGACCGCAGGGUCAGGACCUGGUGCUUGCGAAUGGAUGUAUCUGAUAGAAAGAGUGGCGCGUAAGACUAGCUUUACAAACAAAGGAAUGGAGGUAUAUUCGUUGUGAAAUGUCUCGAAAAAUAAACCCAAGUGAGUGUAGAGGCGUAAUAGCAUUAAAAGACGAAUAUAGCAAGCAGAAGAAGAGUAAGGAAUGUCGAUUCUCGAGAGAAUGGCAAGAGAGGAAAAGUCGGGGGCAAGGGUUUUGGGCUGGGAGGGAUUUCAUACUUCCUCCACGGAGAAGCCCAGGCACCGAAGAAUCGCUGGUCAGCCUCAGGGACAGUCCACCACCCAUCCAAUUCGACGGAAAAUGCCCUCGAUGAUGAGUGAGCCUGUCCACUCUUGCGUGCUCCUAGCGAAGCCGGCAGUGGCUGAUCGUUGGGGAUUUUCGGUGAUAUGCACAUCUGACGGCUAUCAUUUGUGCAGGGCUCCCCGUGGCUUCUCCACGACGGGAUGCCCUGAUAUCAAAAGGUCCGGCAACGCGCAAGCUGGUUCCACGGGGUUCGAGUUUCAGGGGAAGAAGGGUCUAAGAAAAGCUUAUUUCUGUCCUCGCUCAGGGUGUAUAAUGUAUAUAAAUAGAGUCAUUGAGAUAGUCCCUGUCACACAAUCGCUUCUUGCCGUCUCAUCAAAGGCAACUCAAGGGUCAAGACUGCUCAUUGGGUUUCAGUCUGGGCCAGGAGGAUGAAGCAUCUGAGCGAGACGUGUGGAAUUACGCGUAGCAACCGCGGUUAUAACGUCAAUACCGAAUGCAGACGGCGUUGUUGAGCUUCAUCCUCCGAUUCCAUCUUUUGCCGCACGCGA